GUAUUUUUUUUCUAUCUAUCUCAACAGACAAAAUCUGGAAUUGCCCUGCUGUAUAACAAGGAGACCAGUAAUACUUAUGAUGUCCAUCUGAAGCUGACCAAAGAGGUGUUGACCAUACAGAAGCUGGAUGUGGUUUGCACGAGAGGGGGUGACCCACAAUUAAAUCACAGAACUGUCGUACUCCGAAGACAGGCAGCUCGAGGUCUGGGUAUCAGCAUCAAAGGCGGUGCUGAGCAUAAAGUGCCUGUGGUCAUUUCAAAGAUAUUUAAAGAUCAAGCAGCAGAUCAAACUGGGAAGCUGUUCGUCGGGGACGCUAUGUUACAGAUCAAUGGCAUUAAUGUCGAACAUUGUAGUCAUGAAGAAGCUGUUCAUCUCCUGCGGACUGCCGGGGAGGAAGUCACCAUCACUGUGCGGUACCUCAGGGAAGUUCCAUCUUUUCUAAAGCUCCCAUUGGGCUCUCCUGUACCACCCGCUGAUCAAAGUAGCAGAGUAUCUUCACCACUAUGUGACAGUGGUUUACAUUUAAAUGGGAAUUCUAGCAACACGGCUCCAUCCUCGCCUUCCUCACCCUCGGCUAAUGAGCCAAAGUAUGAGAAGCGCUGGCUGGAUGCAGUGUCCCUACCCUUGUUGAUGGCCCGAGUCUCUAAAUACAAAGCCGGAACGGAUAAAUUAAGGUCGAACAGCUUUGAAGUCUGCGCCUUAGAUGGAACGAGCAUCAAUAUUCUACAAUUUUGCACUGCAGCAGAAAGCACUGACUGGCUUCAAGCAAUAUCAACCAAUAUCAGUGAUUUGACACUGGAGAAUAUGAAAAUGAUUAACAGAUAUUGCUCUCCGGAUGAUCAGAUUGUCCACAUGGGUUGGGUGUGUGGAAACCCGCAUCCUGAUGAUGCUGCUCCAUCCAGUACCUUCAAGUUCCUGGCAUUGAGAGGCCCUUGGCUCUACAUCUUCAGGAGUCCUCCUGUUAGUGCAACUGACUGGGGACAAGCUGAAACCCUGUAUAUCCUUUAUGAGGUUCUGUUCAAGGUUCACAAGCUGUGGAUGGCAGAGGACUGUUGGAUCCAGGCCAAGUUCUACCUUGGCCUCCAGCAGGAUGAGGAGCUGCAGGACGGAGAGCCUUUCUGUUUCAGUAUCCUGGUCGGCCACGGCCAGAGUCACACCUUCAGUGUGGAGAUGACCUCUGACCUCUCCGUGUGGGAGAAGUCCUUCCAAAGAGCCGUCUUCAUGGAGGUGCAGAGAGUCGGGUCAAAGACCUACAUGUGCAGCAGCCAGAGUAAAGUACUGUGUUUGACCAUAGACUUUGGAUCUGGCUUCACUUGUUCUGAGAGCUCCUCGAAGAAGAUAUUAUGGAGAUACAAAUUCUCUCAACUGAAAGGCUCCUCUGAUGAUGGGAAAACAAGGGUGAAACUCCUCUUCAAGAACGCUGAAAACAAACAGAUAGAGAUGAAGGAGCUGGAGUUCUCCAAUCUGACGGCAGUCCUCCAUUGUAUUCAUUCGUUUAUUGCUUCCAAAGUGGCCUCUGUGGACCCCGUCUUUGUCAACAGUCAAAGCAUCUCUGGAAAGUACAUGAUUUAGACACCUCUUUGUGUCGUCGUGUACAGUUUAGUCACAUGAGCUAAUUGACUAUUUUAUGCACAUUCAAAUUAAAUUGAUGUAUAUCUUGUUCCUGUUAUUUUUGUAAGGCUCUUGUUAAAUAAUAAUAAGGACAAUAUUUUAAAAAACCAUAUUUGACUUUGGAAGUAGAGGAUAUUUAUACUUGCAUUAAUUGGUUGUUAUUGACAUUACAGUAUGAAUAUGCUUAAAAUUAUAGAUUUUUUUUUUCUUCCUACAUAUUCAUGGGUUGCAUGUUUUGUCACAAUAUUGUUUUGAGCGUUCGUUUUGAACUGAUGCCUGAACUGAGCAUUUUACUCAAAGCAUUGUCAAUGAGUGCUGAUGAAGAUUUCAUCAUAAGUGCAUUACAGUAGCUUGGAAAUUAAAAAGGAGGCAAAUAAUUAGUAGGAAAACCUUUUGUCAUCUUUUUGACGUCACCAGAUUGGCUUUAGAUGCAGUGUAACGUUAGCUAGCUAGCGUAGAUUGAGGGAAGGCCACCAGAUUGGCUUUAGAUGCAGUGUAACGUUAGCUAGCUAGCUAAGAUUGAGGGAAGGCCACCAGAUUUUUAGCUAGCUAACAUUACCAUUGCAAAAUUUUUUUUUUACAAACUGAUAGCUAACGACAACAUUGCCAUGUGUCUACAGUAAAUUUGACGACAUGUUAAUUCUGGCAAUGUUGUUUCCUACUAAAUAUUUGAUUACUUUAUCAGUCAUCAUAUUUCCAGGCACUAUCGUGUAAUUUAGACGAAACAGUUGUUAGCCUGGGCGUAUCACCGCUUUAGAGCACCACUAUGGCGGCGCCGAUAGUGGACGGCUUGAGAACGUUCAUGACGGCAUGACGCGACCCAGUGACGGAGGUACAACCUAUGAAUAAGCCUACAGUCACAAAGAGGGUUUCUAUGUUCUAGGUUCACUGCAAAGUUUUGAAUUCAUGUGUAGGUUUUUUUUUCUUCCAUAUUUGCAAAGUAAAAGCAGAACAGAUUAUACUGUACAAAUCAAUACACGUGAAAACAUUUUGGAAUUAGUAUUCUACUGGGCUAUACUCUCUGGUUGAUUUAACUUAUUCCGAGACUUCAGCAUGACUUCAGAGCAUGGCUGCUGCGUGAUUUUGGAAAAAGAGUGUCUAGAGAGUUUUGUGUUGAGGCGCACAAAUGCAGGGCUUGGUGGAGGCGUUCGUGACACCAGAGGGUGUUUUAGUUUAUGUAGACAGUCACUGCUAGUCACUGAUAUUCUCCCAUAACAAAGGGUUGUGCGGAAGGACACUGGGGAAGAGGAUGCAGGCUUAUUGUAGCAAAGCUAUCUUAGGAUACCUUAUCUGUCAGAUGACUAAAAUGCUAGUUUAUGAAAUGAAAUCAACAUGUAUGUUUUAAGUUUUGUAAUCUUUUACUUUAUGAAGCCAUGCAGUCUGACAGUCAUUAUUACAAACGCUUACCAUGAUACACAUCUGUGUGUAUUUUCACUCAGCCUCUUUUGUUUUAUUUUCUAUUACUAAAUAAAUCCCAAAUCAUUCUUUC